AUGUCAUUGACUGCCAACCCUGCCUAUCCUCCACAUGCGAGGAUCAACCACCACCACCACCACCAGCAACAACAGCAACAACAACAACAACACCCUUACCACCCCCACGACUCCCUCCCAACCUCAUCCUCUGAACAAUCCCAUCCUCUCUACAUCCAAACUGCCCACCUCCACUCACAUCAACAGCAACAGGCAUAUCCUGCUCCAGCAUACCAUGCCCCCUCGCCUCCUUACUCUUCCCACCCUCAACCACCACCACCUCACAGAGCUUCCUCGAUCGAGCCCAACCAGAAACCCAUCCUGCCCUACCCCACUGUUCACCACGACCAGAAGCGACUCUACUCUACCUCCGCCGCCUAUCGUCCUCACCCAUACUCUCCUCCAACUCUUCCCCCUCUGACCGUCGGACGGCCCCCGCUCUCGCCACAGAGCCCCAACGACGCCCCCCUGCAUUACUCCCUGCCCGAGAGACACACCUUCAGAACGGAGUCGCCCAUGUCUCCCUCGCCUCCUCCAUCCUCCUCGUCCUCCACCUCCUAUGGUGCCACCAACGCAUCCGGAGCAGACAAUGGCGAUAAUGGGGCCCCUCUCUCGACGCACGACAGGCGCGAGCGCAACAAGGCUGCCUCGGCAAAGUACAGGGCCAAGAAGCAUUACCAGUCUGGCGAGAUGCGCCAGCAGAUCACUGUUCUUCAAGACCAGAACAACGUGCUAACCCGCCAGCUGCAAGAGACGCGGACUGAGAAUUCCUCGCUGAAGAACACGAUCGAGAAGCUGCGGGGACGUCUGGUGGCCGAGAAGGUGUUGAGACGCCUUCGAGAGGUUGGACGGGAAAAAAGACGCGACUCCUCGUCCGGCGGCUCCAAGGUCUCUGUCCACGACCUGGCUAGCGGCAGUGAGGACGAGGAUGAUGAUGAUGAGAUUGGCGAUAUUGAGGAGGAUGAGGAUGAUGUGGAUGGCGAGCUGCAACAGCAAGACGUACAUCGUCCGGAGAAGCGGUCCAAGCCCAAUCCUCGCCACCGAACCAACUAG